GCUUCCUGUGGUAAAGGGAUUUCCGUCAACAACAAAAACAUUCGACCAACUCAUCAAUGACGGGCGGAAACUGCUUAUUCUCGAUCUUUUAAAGUGUAAAACACAUCCAGAUAAAGCUGUUUUCGGUGUUCACAUCUGCACAAGUAGUUUGACACGAUGGACUCUCGGGGGGAGCGCAGGGGCUUCAGCCUCCAGCAGUCUGACCUGAUGUGUAAGAAAGGAUGCGGUUUCUACGGUAACGCUGUCUGGCAGGGCUUCUGCUCCAGAUGCUGGCGUCAGGAGACCCAGUGCAGCCAAGCCAAACAGAUCGAGGACGACAGAGCACUGGCCGAGAGGCUCCAGAGAGAGGAGGAAGCAGCGUACGCCAGCAGCCGUCAGGAGGAGCAUCCUCCACCACAGUCCUCCAGAACACACAGCGUGCCCAUAGUGAAGAGACUGUUCACCUCCGCUCCCAAAACACCUGCCAGGACAGAUGCAGGAGCUCCACAGACGCCUCUGAGCCGGAGCACAUCGCUCGGCCGACAGCCCAGUGCAGACCGUGAUCACGUGACACAGCACUUCAUUGACUUCCUGAAGCCCUUCCAGAGACCCGGAUAUGACAUUUUUAAACAGUGCCAUGCCUUCGUUGAAAAUAUUGCACACAAAAAGGUGGCUGUACGUGGUGAGGACUUCUCAGACUCUGUGCAGGAUUUCUAUCAAAACAUUUCAGAGAACUUACAGACAAACUUUAAAGGGUCUCCAGAUGUGAUGGAUGAGGUGGAGCGCUAUGUGAUGGGCCGUCUGUAUGAGCAGCUCUUCUGCCCUGACCACACCGAUGAUGAGAAGAAAGACCUGGUCAUCCAGAAGAGAAUCAGGGCUCUGCACUGGGUCUCCAUUGAGAUGCUGUGUGUUCCUGUAGACGAGCAGAUCCCUAAAGUAUCAGACAGUGUGGAGAGAGCCAUAACAGACCUGAUCGACUUGGACUCUAGAAAGGUUCCCCGGGAGAAGCUGGCGUGUGUCACCCGGUGUAGUAAACACAUCAUGACGGCCAUCCAGGGCAGUAAGAAAGCUGCCGCCUCUGCUGACGACUUCCUGCCCACCCUCGUCUACAUCGUGCUGAGAGCCAAUCCUCCUCGAUUACACUCCAACAUCCAGUACAUCACUCGCUACAGCAACCCCAGCCGCCUCAUGAGCGGAGAGGACGGAUAUUACUUCACCAACCUGUGCUGCGCCGUGGCGUUCAUCGAGAAGCUUGAUGCGCAGUCGCUGAACCUGAGUCAUGAAGACUUCCAGCUCUACAUGUCUGGUGCAUCGUCUCCGUCGGGUCCCAAAGCCGCUUCGUCUGGCCACAGCUCACAGAACGGCUUUAGAGAGGAGCGCCGCGCAGCCGAGCCACAGCGGGAUACAGACCUCAUCGAGUGGAGCGACGGCCAGGAGCUCUCAGUGCUGGGCUUGUUAGAAGAGCCUCCUGCACACACUCACACCUCAGACACAUUCACUAUUGACUCAGACAACAUAGGGGGCGACAGCCUGCCUCCUCCGUUACAGCCGCAGAAGUUCACUGGAUAGCUCCCAGACUCUGUUCCUGCCACGGGACUCGAUGCAUUCACUUCCGUUCUUCAUAGGGAGCGCAGCAGUCAUAGGUUUAUAUUUCACUCCCAGAUAAAAACAAGUAAUAAUGAUGAGAGAAUCUGAAGGAUAGUUUUGGGACCAUUACAAUUUGAGGUCUUGUGAAAAAAAGAAAAGAAAAGAAUAUUAGAUAGUAUAAAGUAUUUAUACGUCAUAGUGGUAUUUGCUGUACUGCUUUUCAUUAGUGUAAAUAUAAAUGUUAAAAAUUUUAUUGCAUUUAUGAGAUUUCAAUGAAAAUCACUACUGAAAUUGAGAAUUACGGAGAAAAAAAACAUGUUUUUUUUUUUCAUUAUUGUUUUCGAAAUAAUGUUACAAUGCCAAAAAAUAGACCUAAGCUUAAUUUCAUUAUAGUUUCUGUUGAAAUAUUUAAUCUAUAGUUUCUUGCACUGAUUUUAUUUCUUUAUGCAGGGUCACUGGAGUCUGAGAAUAUGUAACUUAUUAGUAUUUAUUUUAGUGUUUUUUUCCCCAGCUGUGGAGUUCUGCAUCUCCUUACAUCCUAAAGCCAUUAUUAUAGGCAUUAUAAGAAUUAAGAAUGAAUAUGGGUAAGGUUUCUAUAACUGACCUGUUGGUAUAGAGGUGUGGUCUUUACUCUGGAUUUGUUGAGCAUUGCUUGAAUCCCAGGUGAGGUUUCAUGGACACCAGCGCAUUAGUAAACGAGAAGUUACUCUGUAUAACAAAUCUUUAGCACGGUACUAUUUAAAAAUGUAUUAUCAAAUAUUUAUUUUCUAUACUGUAGGUUUCAGUUUCAAGGAAAUGCUGUUACAGUAUGAAAGAAGGAAAGAUUGAUUUAGUGAGUUAAUUAUUAUAAACAUACCUUUUAACCCUUUGUUCUAUGAAAAAUAUUACUUAUGCAUGCAAAGUUACAGUUUUGCUGUGGUAUGUGGUAUCCCAUUACGGACUGUUUGUAAGUUCAUUUAGUUAUCUAAAAGAUCUGGGUUUGAAGUCUGAAAAAAGGCUGUUUCAACAAAUAUGAAUAAAAUGAUCUCCUGAAGGAACAGAAAA